AUGAAGCAAGAAGGCAGGAGAGAAAAAUUCGUGGUAUGCUUGUGGAUUACAGAAGGAGAGCAGAGCGACGUCGAGACUUCUAUGAGAAAAUUGUAUGUGCUGAAAGCAGACCCUACACAGUUCUUGCAAGUACAUGGUCGACAAUGCAAAAUUCAUCUAGAUCCAAAUAUAGCUGCAGCGUCUGAUAGCGCUGUUAUGAUGCCUUGGCAAGGCCAAUCUGAUAUACUUAUAGAUCGCUUCGACGGUCGAGCUCACUUGGACAACAUUUUUGUCGUUACAGCGCCAGACGAACCAGAACUAUCACAAGAAGAUAGACAGAUGAAUUAUGAACGAUACCGAAUAAUUGCUCAGAAUUCUUUUUUGGGUAUACCAGAGGAAAAGUUUUUGAAACAGUUGCAUCUUGAGGAACAGUUCGGAUACACUGAAAUAAAAAGCAAAAGAGAAUCAAGAAAUGGUGGUGCCGCAAUCGGUUUUAAUUACGAGGAUAUAACAGAAGCAUACAAAAACAAUUACAAACUUGUAUGUAAGGAAUGUGAUAUUUCUGAAAAUCACAAUGAUGAUGAGUUUUAUUUGAAACUUAUUGAGGAGUUAAGAAUGGAAGUUAUGCAUAAAGACGAGACAAUUGAUAAAUUGAAGAAAAAAUAUGACUUAUUCUAUGAAGAAGCUAUAACUAUGGAAAACGACUUCGUGAGUAAAGUUCAAAAUCAUGAAAAAACUAUACAUAAAUUGCAAGAGAAUCUGAUGAAUCUCAAACGCGAAUGUACGAAUAAAAACAGUAAAGUUCUUAUCAGCAUCAAAACCCAGACGGAGAAAAAACAGACUGAACAAAAAAAGUUGGACACACAAAUAAAUGAUGAUUCUGAGGUUUUUGAUCAAACUGGUGAAUAUAAUGAUACAAUGUUGCCUAAUGAAAUGAAUUUACCUGAGGAUCAACCAAAUGAAACAAUUUCGAAAAUGAAAACUGUCAAACAAAAGAAGAAGGAAAAACCAAUGAAACGAUUAUCCAACAGAAGAAGAGAAUAUAAAGGAGAGAUGCAGAUGAUUUUGAGAAACAACAUCAAAAAACGAAAGAAGCAAGAAAAUGACAGCGCACUGGCGAUCAACAGUGUUGUAAUAGAAGAACAGGAGGCUAUGACUACUGAAAAUUUCGUUUCUUUCCCUGAUGAAAAUGUAUUCAAUAUUUCAAAUGACACAAGCUCUACUGUAAAUCCAGUUUCAGAAAAACUAAACCAACUAUCGCUCAUGGAAGAACUAGAGAACGUAAGCUGUCUCGAGAAUGUUGCAAGUGUUGUUAACAAUGAAUUCAUGAACACACAUAAUCUAAGGAUACCAGAUGAAUCAGAGGCACCACAUCUAUCCCUUCCACUGAGAAUAAUCCACAUAUGUGGAGACCAGUAUGCUUCAGGUUUUUCCAAGGUUCUUACCAAAAUUGAUAUCGAACAUAGAUGCUGUGUAUAUGAGAAAAUAGAAAACGUUGCAGAGAUCUCCGAUCUUACAAAAAAUGUAUUCGCCGAAACUAUGAACUACGAUAGGGAAGAUUUGAUAGUGAUCAUGUUCAGUACUAAAAAUGUAAGCAAUAGGCACUCUCUAUAUCAACUUUUAAAAAAUACACUAGGUCUCAGCAACUUCACCAACCUGAUAAUAAUAACAGAGUGUCAUUCUGUAGAUGACAAAAAUAUCAAUAGGAUUAUUUACAAUCGAAUCAAAUGUUUUAAACGGAAUAAUAAGAGCUGUUCCUUGACUCUUCUAGCUGGCCAAGAACAGAAAGGUACCUGCCAAUCCUUGUCACAGAACAAAGAUGAAGACUCAGAUGAUAAUGAUUCUGAUAGUGACCUAGAUGUAGAUUUGGCAAUAAAUGUGUCCAAAAUGGACCCAGGUCAAGCUCACGAUAUGAACAAACAUGGACGAAGUUACGGUAUGAGCUCAAAUGAUUUUUAUUCGUUCCUUACAAAUGAUUUGGAGGAAGCUGAGACUGCGCGGUUAGCCAGAGAAGAAGAGCAAGAAAAGGCCUUAUUCUCAGGAAGAAAAUCCAGGAGAGAAAGACGCUAUGCUGCAAAAACAUCUCCAUCCAUUCCGACCUAUCAAGAUAGUAAAUCAAGAUCUGCAUCCCCUGAGGUUCCAGGAAAGAUUACUUACAUAACAUCAUUUGGAGACGAUGCAGAAACCCUAGCGACUAGGAAAACAACGUAUGCUGAUAAAGUUAAAUAUGGAAAAUCCAAAAGAAAAAGAGAUGGGAUUGUUAGUACUGCUGAAAUUACAAGAAAAUCAGAUGAUUGGAGAAGCAGAGGUAGAUCUCCUGUUGAAAAAGUGAAACUAACAAAUAUGUCAACAAGAAGCAGAAGUAGAUCAUGCGAUAGAAGGAGCAGAAGUGUUUCCAGGCAUAGGAAAUUCAUGCUCAGAAGAAGUACAUCAAAAUCUAGGAGAACUAAUAGCUUAUCGACGCAUAAGAGUACAAGAAGGACUAUGUCUAGGAGCAGAUCGAGAUCCAGAAGAAGAAUAAGUCAAGAAGUAGAUCCAGGUCAAGAAGUAAAACCAUAUAUAGGUGAGUUAUCGACGUAA